UGGUCUUUUUAGUUCCGGGAUCAGAAUUUUACAACCUUGAACAGACUAGGGUGGCAGCUAUCCAUAGAAUCUAAUGAAAAGAUGUCAGGCGCUGAUUGUUUUAAUGAAACAGUGUUAAAUUCGGCAGCUUGAUGAUUCCACAGACAUAUUUAUUUACUUUUCUGGGCAGGAGUUCCAAGUACGUGGUUGGCCAAUGUUUUUUGGCGUCCCCAAAUUAACGGGAAGAGAAUCGUGAAAGAAAAAAAAAAAGAGUAACCUGACAUACAGGAGUGAACGUGCACGAAUGAGUGUGCAAAUCUAACGCGCACGAGCGGCGGAAGACGCCACCGCGACCGCCACGGAGGUCCCGUCGAUCUCGGAUGUCGCUCUCGUUUCUGCGCCAACCAAGCGAGCAAAUGAGCCAACCAGACUCGGAGCUUGCAGAUCGGGGUCUGGUGUGCGCCGGGCAAGGCCGCCGCUAUGGGUUGCAGGGGAUCAAAGCCUUUUUCUUUGACUUGGACAACACCUUGAUCGACACCGCCGCUGCAAGCAGGAGAGCCAUUGCAGAGGUAACCAAAAUCUUACAGUAUGAAUAUCACUACACUGAAAGAGAAGCUGACAUGGUGUGUGAUAAGUUCCAAGCCAAGCUAUGCAAAGAAUGCUUUGAUCCAUCUAAAAUAUCUAUUACUGAUCUAAGGGUCCAGCAUUGGGAAGAAGCUAUACAAGAGGUAAAGGGAAGAAGAGCCAAUCAGAAGCUGGCUAGAGAAUGUUAUUUUCUUUGGAAAACCACCCGCCUGCAACAUUUGACUUUUACAGAGGAAACACACAAGAUCCUCAGUGACCUCAAAAAAGUUGUCCCUUUGCUUCUGCUGACAAAUGGAGACACUGAGACACAAAAAGAAAAGAUUGAAGCUUGUGCCUGUCAGGAAUUCUUUGAUGCAAUUGUUGUAGGAGGAGAGCAGAAAGAAGAGAAACCAUCACCAUCCAUUUUCUUUCACUGUUGUGAACUUCUAGGAGUUCAGCCUGAGGACUGUGUGAUGAUUGGAGACUCUUUAGACACAGAUAUCCAAGGAGGGUUGAAUGCGGGUUUAAAGGCAACCAUUUGGAUAAAUAGAACUGGAACAGUUCCCAAGGAAACAUUUCCUGUUCCUCACUAUACUAUUUCUUCUCUUCUUGACCUCCCUGGACUUUUAGUAGAAGAACAUUUUGAAAUGAAUCAGGUGGCAGGCAGAAGACUAUCUAGCUGGCUCAACCUGCACAUCACCCAUAUGUGUCAACAAAUACACAAAUGUACAUAUAGAAAUAUUUCAAACAGAAACAUAUUGGUUACAGAUACUUACAUAAAGAAAUCCCUGCCCAAUCUGUCUGUUACUCACCUUAUUGCAAAGUUAGGCAACAAAAUUGGGUCCUGAAGUGCCAAUCACUCAUCCUUUCUGCAGAGUCAUUGUUUGUGGGACCAAACUGCAUAAACAAUUUGUGAUUCACUCAAGCAGGCAGAUAAUCUCAUCAGGAAAACUCUGAGACUCAAAAACUAAAUGACACUUCAGCAAGAUGUUAGAAAAAGAUACAACAACCUGAUGUGGCCUUUUAACAAUAUCUAAAUACUCCAUUUUCCCAGCCGAACAGUAAAGCUGGACCUGCCACUUGUCCAGAAAACUCAAAAGAGCAAUAGAGAUCUGUUUUUGUUAUAUAGGAUGACCUAGCCCUAGGUGCUACUGGAUCUAUAGGCAGCAAGAUCAGUCAAUGAGCAGACUUGUGGAAAAUGAUUGAUUUCUCCAAUUCUGAUGUCCUAAUCCCACAGGUUAGUGGGUUUUAUUUUUAUGUUAUUUAAAAGAAAGUUUAAUGCUAUGUUGAAAACUAAAAACUCAGAGCAGUUUAUGAUCAAGCAAUUAUAAGCCACAAUAAAACUUCAGAUUAUUCUAUUCCAAAAAGCCUUUGGUAGAGUUGUUGCACAGAAAAAGUCCAAGGAAUCAAGUGCAAUACAACCACUCCUUGCUUAGCAAUUACCUCGGAUGGUGACCAUUUACAAAUACAAGGAUAAAAAAUUCAUUUUCAGAACAAUGUGUGCAUGUAGGACCAAUUGUUGUGUGCCUGACUACAAAAGCCUUCUGUGUGAAACUGAUUAAGGUUUGGUCAGUUUCCACAGCAGCAGGAGCCAGCUGGAAAUUUUAAUCAACUGAUUCAAGUCAUAGGGAUGAGCUUGUUAACUUGCACUUUUUAGGGACAUUUUGUGCUGCUGAGAAAAGCAGCUCAGGAAGAGAUUACUUGUAUAAGCAAUCUCUCUGCCCCAUGAGGGGGCAAAAAGGAAAAAGUGGGUCAGGCACAGUAUACUAUAUAGAACUUUAUCUGAAUGAGAUGGUAGUAACCAGUGAUGUUCACUUAGUGACCAUUUUGCUGGAACCAUUUGCAGUCACUAAACAAGGAGAGGCUUGUAUUCUACAUACCUCUUCCUGUGAGAAGAUGUGGAAAAUUUCUUUCCCUAACCAGCUGCUCUUUCUCUGCUUGUGCCUACUUUUAACAGAGGCAUUAACUUUUAUGCCUAGUAAGAAAUACAUUUUCUUAACUUCAUCAGCAUUGCUCCCAAGAAAGUAUUAAGGCUAUAGUUCAGCUUGCAUUCUCUGGAUCACAGAUGUCAAACUCAAUCCCUUCACGUGAUAUAUUAUGACAUUUCACAACAUUUUUUGUCUUUGUGGAGCUGGGGUGGGCGUGGCCUAUGCAUGACGCAACUGGCCUGUGGCUGCCAGUUUGACACUUCUGCUCUGGACUUUCGCUGGCAACAUAAUGUAACUCUGCCCAACUGUUCUUGCAAUAUGCUAGAUUUUGUAUGAUAAAACUGAUGAAAUGUGGUUGCUUCUUACCUGAAAAAUCUAGGGAUCUGUAUGCAUGGAAGGCUGUUGUGUCUUUCUGUGUAGAUUGGUCUUAACUUCAAAGUUAUUCAUCAUCUAGCAUGAUACAGCAGAUAAUAGAACCCCUUGGGCAGUAGUAGCUAUGCUAAUAUUUAAAAUACUAAUUUUUAAAACUAGCAAUUCAUUUUUAGCACUGAGAUUCUGAUCCACAGUAAUAUUAGAGAUACAAGUUUAAACCUAAAAAUGCAAAAAAACCAAAUUCCUUUUAAUAUAUUUUGCAAUUGAUCAAUGUGUGGAUAACACAGAAUACUCUAAAAUUGUCUGGAUCUAAACCAAGCAAGCAUAUAGACUGCAGGGGGAAAAAAUGGGAAUAGGAACUUGGUACAGUAAAUUCAUUCUUAAUGCAUAUGCCAAAAUUAAUCCAACUAUGUUAGGUACAGAUUAUUUACAUAAUAUUGUAUUUCAGUGGUAUACAGCUACAACUACAGCUAUUUUACAAUUCUUAUGUACUUCUUUUCAAGCUUUGGGAUUCUUGGAAAGAGAUGAAAAUGAAGGGGGAAAGAACUGAACAUAGCUGGACCUCUGUAACUAUUGCUGAAAUUCUAGAUGAUUGCUAGACGAUAUCAAGAUUUUUUUUUAACUUGCCUGUUUAGCUGUAGUUGUCUGCAUAGGGCUAUGUGAUGAAAUAUGCACUGCCCCACUGCAACCCUAAAUCUAGACCUUACAUAUUUGUAUGCAAUGUCACAACCCACAAGUAUGGUAGAAUAGAGCUUGCAUUGUGACAAAGCAUAUUUAUUUAUUUAUUUUAUUUUUAAAAUUUA